AUCAAGCUCAGCGAGAAAAACCAGUAGUAUAGGUUUCAUUAGUGACUUUGACUGCACUAAGGUAGUCUUUCAAAACUUGAAAUUAAGUGAAGAUACGUAAUGUUGAUCUAUUUUCUAGCUAGAAAAACCGACUUAUAAAUCUAUUUAUCGUUUACAUUUAAUAAAUAUAUAAUUUUUUUUCUUCGUAAUAAAUACUGAUUCAACGAUCAAUAUGUCUUCCGAAUCAAGCAGUUCUGAAAAUGAGGGAAAAGAAGAAGAAUUAAUGGAAGAACCAGCUGGAAUUGAUUUUUUUCCUGAACGAAGAGGUGAUAAAAUUACUCGAAGCUGGUUUCGGAAACUCUUUAUGGGUGAAAAUCGGGACAAUUUACAAAGGCUCAAAUGUGAACGUCAAAUUAAUAACAUUGUCGUUGAAAGCCCCUUAAUAAAGUUAAUGAUGGAUGCUCUAAAAUCAGCUGGAUGUCCAGUGGAUUUGAAUCGUCAUGUAUCCUGUGAACCAUGUAGCAAAGUUGUGACUGGAGGAUAUGAUGCAGAAUUGAAUCAGAUUGUCAUAUGUCAGAAUACUGCUACAACAAAAUCAGCUGUGCAUGGUGCCCUUGCUCAUGAAAUGGUGCAUAUGUUUGAUUUCUGUAGAGCCAAUAUAGACUUUAGAAAUGUUGAUCAUCU